GGGCGCCACCAUGUAACACAGAUUCAGCACAUGUUGUUAGAUUAUGGCUACUUGUUAUGUGCCUAUCUGAGCAAAUUAUCAUUCACAAGUCAAAGUGCCAACCAAAUUUUGUUGGUGCCUCUGACGGCGCACCUGGACCUGUGAAGCAUGGCCGACAUAGUCGAGGAACAGAUGGGGGACAUCCUAUCUGCCUUUGGGAUCCCAGACCUAGCCAAGCACAUCUUCCCCAUCCCAUUACCACCCCUCGAUGAUGAGGACGACGACAACGAGGUGAAGGAGAAACCAAAAGAUGAGUCAAAGGAGAAUCAUCCAAAGGAGGAUAAGCCGAAAGAGAAGGAGGGGGAAGGAGAGAAGGAGGGGGAAGAGGAGGCCGACAAAGAGAAGGAUGCGUCAGAUGCUGCUAUGGAUGUUGAUAAGUCUGGCAAAGAUGGUGACGGUAAAGACAAGGUUACCAAGUCAACAGGAGAGGAAGAGAUAAAGGAUGACCAAGGGAGUAUUGAAGAGGAUGCAGCAAUGGAGACCGAUGAAGGUACAGAUAGCAGUGCUGCUGUCAGCCAAAAUGAAGAUGAAGCACCCUCUCAAGAUGGGAAAACAGAGACAUCCACAGAGCAGCCUCAGAAGGAUAUCCCUGACCUUGGUCUAAAACAGAGUGUAGCUUCUCUGCAUGAGGGUGAGACUACCAACCAGGAGUCGUCUUUGAUCAAGCAACUGCUGAAGUCCACGUCCAAACCAGUGAUGACUUCUAGGCUUCAAGAUGAUCUGCCACCCCCUGAUGCGUCUUUUGGUGUUCCUGAGGAGCCAGAUGUGGAGGAACCCCCGCUAGAGUCUCUGACAUCUACAGAUGACUUUAACUCGUUUCUUGAUCGCUGUAAGGAGAAUCGUGAAUUGAUGGGGAUGAAGAUUGCAAUCAUGGGGAGAGCCAGCUGCGUUUCAACAUAUCAGUGCCCUAAUCUUACUGAGGAACAGAUGAAGGUUCUUGACAUGGGCAAGGAGAUCUUCCAGUGCCCUGGUUGCAAUGACACAUACCUCUUCAAGGCUAGUCUGGAUGCCCACCUGGACCGCAGAACAGUCCUGGUGACGUUCCGCUGCAAGUGGUGCACAGGGAGACAGAACCUAGUCUUCUACAACAAGUGCACUUUCCUUGCUCACUUGCAUAAUCAUGAUGCUACUGAAAGCGAAAUUGAAAAAGUGAAAUUGCAAGCUUCGAUCAGUCCUGUGAAUGCUCUGGACUGUUUUAAGAUAUUCACUAAGCUGACAGCUCCAGUUAAAAUGGAUGCUGCCAGUAAACCUACAGUGAAGAAGUCAUCAAUACCAUCCAAUACUCCUCACCUCAAAAGCCAGUCUCUAGUUAGCCUACAAGCAACAUCAAAGUCUCCUCAUGCUCUGAUCAAUCAAGGGAAUACAACCAAAAGGGAAGCCAUCACCAUGUUCCCAAACAAUAUGGAUAAAGUGAUACACUUAGAUAAGCUAUCUUCAUUUGUAUGCAUGGGAUGUAAAAGAAGAUAUGAAAGGCUGUCCCAUCUGAGAGCUCAUUUAGAUAGGCCUCAUCCUGAACCAAGUACACCUGGAUACAAAGGCCCUUUACAGCAGUGUACCAUCUGUAAAUUGGUUGUGGCUAACGCGUGCAAACUGAUCAUGCACAACAUCAUUCAUACUGCGGAAAUUAAGACCCCUAUUCCAUGUCCAGAGUGUGGAUGCUUGUUUACCGAUCUCAAAUCACUCUUGAUCCAUCAAAACGACGGAUGUCUUCACUGGAUGACACGACCGCUCUUCAAGUGUUCAUUCUGCACCAAGUAUGCCACUACCUUCCAGGGACUGAUUAAACACUUUGAGCAGAACCAUGUGGAAGUGUUCUUCAAAUGCCCCCUCUGUCAGCUGGCCUUUCGCAACAACCAGUCAGCAUCUGAGCACUCGCUCCAAGUUCAUAAACUCACGACUGUGACCUAUAGUUUGCUGCGCAAGUGCCCCUUCUGCAAGAGUGUCUAUUCAGAGCGGGGCAUGCUGUCUAACCACUUUGAUUGUCACUACCAAGCUGGGCUCAUUAAGAUUGAGAAGUUUGUGUUUUCAUGCCCCUUAUGCUCUAAGCCUUUUGAUUUUGGCCGGACUCUGCGUAAGCACCUGGCCGAUGAGCAUGGUAGAUCCAGCAGCAACAUGUUCAACUGCGACUUGUGUCUCUGUUCCUUCAGUACUAUAGACAGUGUCAUGCACCACAGAAACGUUUGUGCUAUGAAGCCUAAAAUAAAGAUCAGUACCAAACCAGCUCAGCCGGAAGAGAAGAAUGCUGCUCAACCAACCAACAAGCCUGUUGUAUGUGGGGAAUGUGGGGACAUGAUCCCCAACAUGAAUACCGUCCAAAAGCACAUGUUUGAAAAACACAAAGACAAAAUGGAAAUGAACUUGGCAGGUCUGAAGAAGAAGCAGGAGGUAACAACUGUUGCUAAGGACAAAAUAGAAGCCAUCAAGCCAAAGGGCACAGAGGAACUGGUAAAGACCCCUGUGGUUGCAAAAAGGGAGGCACCGUUGAUAGUAGAGCGCUUCACUGAUCUGAAGUGUGGCAAAUGUCAGUUCAUGAGGAGAGACCGUCUGUUGUUUGAGAAACACAUUCUAGGGCACAAAACGGAGGAUUCUCUAAGCCAAUGUCACCAAUGUGGUCUUUGCUUCACAGUUGAAGGGUCAUUGAAGAAACAUCUCUUCAUCAAACAUAGGAUCAAGAACAUGGCACUCUUCAACUCUUUCUAUGAGGAUCACAUGCCAAAAUGGGAAGAGGACAUGAAAAAGAAGAAAGUAGAGGAGAAAGAGAAAGAAUCCACGAGAUCAGAGAUAAAUGAGGAGAAUGAGGGGAAAACCAAGGUGCCAGCAGAAGCAAAGGAUGAGAAGAUGGAAGAAGAGAAAGUAGAUGAGACUAGCCUCUUUAAGUGUAAAGUCUGCAAAGUUGAGUUCGAGAACGAUAAAGCCCUAACUGUUCAUGCACGAAGCCAUGGGCUGGCUUAUCUUCAACACACACUCACAAAAUCGCCAGAGAAAGCUGUCCGAAUGCAGGUUUCCAAACCCGCAGCAUCGCCCAUAAAGAUGGAGGAGAGAUCACCAGAUGUGGCAGACAAGCCAGAGAUAAAACCCAUUGUGCCUCCUAGUGUGAAAGGAACUAUUCCUUCAGAUACAGAUAGUAGCAUCUCUAGUGAGGACAUCAGUUCAAUCGACGGUCAGAAUGGGGAUUAGUUCACAAACAUUCUAUUUCUCUCUAAGUGUGUCUGUACUUUGAAUUCUGUAAGUUAUAAUUUUCGGGAGAGCAAAGCUGAUUGGGAGCUAAUGGCUGUUUAAUGUUUGAUGCUGUUAAAGGGCUGCUCACAUAUCACUUAUAUAACGAUCACAUUAUUAAAUUAGUCUAUGAAUUAUAGAUAUUUAGUGGAAAUCCUCAUCAGUUCUAAUGAGCAUUUUUCACAGAUACAGUACCUUCUAUUAAAAAAGACCAAUUUUCAAUUCAAAUCAAUUAAUUAAAUUUAAGUUUUAUUGUAAAAAAGAACAUGGCAAUAGUCCAGAGACUAAUAUUGUCAUAUUUACAGUAAAAUACAAGAAAACAUGAAAUGUGGUCAUUUUAUUGUUAUCGUUCUCAUUGUCGUUAAUGAUGCGUGUCCAGCCUUUCAGCUUAACAACUAGAUCUUCAAUAAGACAUUGAUUUUCUUUAGGUUUUCAAAUAUUCAAGGUAUCAAUAAAAUAGUAAAACAACACAUCUAUCUUUUACAAUUAUUGUUGAGGAUUUUACGAUUAUUGUCAAGAAAUAAUGUACAUAUUUGUAAAAGAAAUGUAACCAGAAUUUUACAUGGUCACUUGUUUUGCAUCAUCUUCGUUGAAUUAAAUAUGAUCCAACAUUAUCAAAUGUGACAAAAAUGAUGGAAUCGUGCUGAUUAACUCUCUUUAUCAUACAAGAUUAUAAAUAAGGGUAUUUGAAUUAUUGAAUGGAAAGAUUUUGAUCUCAAUGUAACCUUGGUGAUUAAAAAAAUAUUAAGCCUCCGAUAAGUGUUAGUUACUAGUAUUGGAGUAUUAUUGGCUGCAUAUUAGGGAACAUUCCUAUGCGCCAAUGGAUGUGUUCAAUUAUUCAGCAUAUAGCGACAAAAAUCAUAUACAGUCAUGCUCGGUCCAUGUUUGCUCAAUACCAAUUUCAAACAGUUCAUCGAUGCGUGUGAUAGAAGAAUAAAAACAAAAAACGGACUGAAUCUGGACUAGUGGGCAACCUGCAAGAAGGUCAUAACAGCUGUGUAUUAUCAAUGGUAGUAAAGGCCUUCUUUAUAGGGUGUCAACGAUGUUUACUGAUCAAACUACCAACAUUGAAUGAACAAAUGUAUGUUAAAGGGACUUGGUAACAUUGUUCAGAUGAGAGAAAAUAAUGCUAACAUUGUUCAGAUGAGAGAAAAUAAUGCUAAGGUAGAGAGAAAACAGACCCUUAUUAAUGAUAGAAAUCAGGAAAAACUGAUCUGAUCGAUUCCUAAAUUUUCCCAACUAUAAUAUUGUAAUUUAAUUGAAAUUUAUGUGAAUGUAUAUCGUCACAAAGCAAUAAAUUGACUCUGUAUACCGUUCCAAACAUUUAAGCGUUAACAGAUUUUAAAAAGCCUGUUUUAUGUCUUAUUUUCAUCAAUCUUCAACAAUGUUACUGGUUCACUUUAAUCUACUGUAUGUGUAUCAAUCGUUUUCGUACAGGGAAAAAAACCUCUUCUUUUGAUGUAAUUUCUCUGGAGUAGUGGAGUCAUGUCUCUUUCAUUGAUUUAUUCCAUUUAAAAUGGUAGGCAUAUAUGCACAGAACCGUAGCCGGGGAAAAGGGUUUAUAUAACCAAGAGCAUAAUUUGCACAAGACAGAUGUACAAUUUGUGUACACAGAUAUUGUCAAUCUUGUAAAUUUAUACUAUACUGGAAUGUUUUGUAUUUCUUAUGUAAAUUUUGAAUUCUGAUAUGUUUGUAUACAUUUGGGUCGAAAAUGAAAUCUUGAACAAGAAGUAUUUUAUUUGGAGUUAAGUUUGAUUUAUUUUGUUUUUGGAAGAUUUAAACUUUCAGUUUCAUUUUACUUAUUCCAAGUUUUGUUCUUUCAUUUUGCAUAAAAUUAAUUUUCAAAAUGUCAGGAGUCAGCGAAAAAACAAAAUCUAUUGCUUGAAAGGCCUCUUCUUGGGGUUUGUCUAUGACAUGUUUUUUUUAUGUUUUUGGCUAUCGAUCAUUACUGAAAUUAUACUGCAACAAAUUUAAUUUGUGAAAUGUUAUUCUGUGUAUCAUUUGUGUUGUUUGUUUUGUUUUGCUGUAACUUAGUAACAGUUAGGAACAGUUUGGAUAAUUUGGGCUCUGGCUUUUGUUUGGAAUGAAUUUAUGAGAACCCACAACAGUAUUUGUGUGUGCACAUUUAUUUCUUCUAUCAAGUGCUCCUGUAAUAGAGAUAUUUCUCAUUUCUUAAA